AUGGACUAUAGCACGGCACAGUACCUCCGCCGCCUUGGUGCUCUGUCCGCCUCAGCCGAUGCAAUCGAAGAUCGCAUGCAAAUGUUACUGACAGUCGUGGGACGCCGCGACGCCGGCUGGCGGGAAGCUGACGCGGAGUUGAAAGCACUGCGGAGGCAGCUCCUCUCGCGGUGUUGCAGGGAGGUGUGGGAGCUCGCCCAACAUAAACAGAGAGAAGAAAAGGGAGUGGGCAGGAAAGACAUCUCACAUACACCCGUGUGGAGCACUGGUGGUGGCAGCCGGGACGACAAUAUUGGGGUAAAAAACAAGAACAGCGGAAGCCGCCGUAGCAGUGACAGUGACAUGAAUACGAGGCGAUCCUGCUCUCUGUCGUCAGCGGUGUCUCUUCGGAAUUCGCAUCUCCCAUGCGCACACCGCAGCGGCGUGGCAAAUGCUACUACAGGUUCUAGAACCAUUCGGCGCAUUGUGCCCUUGAACCAUAUGGUGUCGCGUGGAACGCAAACAGACUAG